GAAUGAUAUAAACAUCACCAUGAUCAAGGAAUAUCACGGCCCAGUGAUGAGAGUUGACCCGGGGAGGUCGAAUCCACUAAAAACGGUGAUCUACGAAACAUAUCAGGACACCAGAAUCUUUGUGAUCCUGGGCGACCCCUUUGAAUACCACAUUUUCAUGAAUCUUUUACAAGAACAAGGGAUUCUAGAUUCCGGAGAGUAUUUCGUUGUUGGUGUUUAUAUUGACGAUUUCCAGAUUAAUGAUUCGCAAAAGUUUCUCAAAGAUAUCUACAAUGACAAAAACAAACCGGUUGACGAACAAACGAGGAAGGCAUUCCGAUCUUUUCUUGGAGUUAUCCAGUCCCCACCAGUGUAUCCAGACUAUAACAACUUCACCACAUUAGUGAACGAGUACGCGGAAAAACCUCCUUUCAACUUCGUCAAUAUUUUCAAGAACAGAGGAGUGACACUGAUCAUUCCGUCCGAGGCAGCCUAUUUAUAUGAUGCUGUGGGUCUGUACGCACGAGCGGCCCACCAGGCCUUAUUAAAAGGCCAGGAUAUCUCGGAUGGAGGAGUCAUCUUUGAGUAUAUAAAGGGAGCAACCUAUAAAAGUGCUAUGGGGUACAUGAACCGGAUUAAUGAGAACGGGGAAUGUGAGGGUAACUAUUCGGUCCUUGUUAUGAGACAAAGACCUCAAGCCCCAACCACGAUCUCGAACGCCAGCCAGGAAGUCCAAUGGGAAAUGUGGCCAGCUGGGAACUUUAUAAUGAACCAAAAUUCAUCUCUCAUUCCGACAAUGGAACUGUUCUCAAAUGACAGUAUUCUCUGGGUGUCAGGAAAGCCCCCAGUUGACGAACCAAAAUGCGGUUUCAGAGGAGAGAAGUGCAUCCCUCCGCCAUCAUAUACAUGGGAAAUCGUUUGCGGGAUUGCAGGCGGACUGCUUCUACUUAUCAUUAUAAUCAGCACGGUUGUGUAUAGAAACUGGCGCUACGAGCAAGAGUUGGCAAGCCUUCUCUGGAAGAUUGACUUUAAGGAUAUUAUGUUAAAGGACGGGGCUGCAUCCUUACACACGGGCUCCGGCGCCUGGAUGGGGAGCACGAUGAAUAAGAUGAGUGUGAGUAUGCGAGCCAGCAACCUGUCAAUAGGCAUUUACCCUGGAUUUGACGGUGACACUGAUAUACGACAAGUCUUUACCAAGAUAGGGACGUACAAGGGAAACAUUGUAGCCAUUAAGAAAGUUCGCAAAAAACAUAUCGAUCUCACAAGAAAUACUCGCAAGGAGCUAAAAGACAUACGUGAUAUUCGACAUGACAACAUGACGAUGUUCAUUGGCGCAUGCGUAGACCCGCCAAAUAUCUGCAUUAUCACGGAGUACUGCCCGAAAGGCAGCUUACAGGAUAUACUGGAGAACGAUGACGUGAAGUUAGACAAUAUGUUCAUCGCCUCACUCGUUAAUGACAUAAUCAAGGGCAUGGUUUAUUUACACGACUCUGAAAUACGUUACCAUGGAAACCUGAAAUCGUCUAACUGCGUUGUUGACAGCCGAUGGGUUUUGAAGAUCACGGAUUUCGGUUUACACGAGUUUAAAAACGGUGCUAAACACGACCUCGGAGAGCAUGCAAAGUACAGGAAUUUACUAUGGCGAUCUCCGGAGCUUCUACGCACGCGUAAUGUGUGGGGAACACAGAAAGGAGACGUGUAUUCUUUUGCCAUAAUAAUGUAUGAAGUACAUGGCAGAAACGGGCCGUUUGGAAAUUGUACACUGCCCCCAAAAUACAUAAUUCAUCGAGUAAUGCAACCGACAUCAGAUGGGAGCGUCCCCUUCCGUCCUAAACUGAGCGAGCUGGACACGACGCCAAAGUACAUCACGGAGACCAUCCAGUUGUGUUGGAGCGAGAAUCCAGAUGAGAGGCCCGAUUUUAAGAGUAUUCGUCAACAUCUGAAGCCUAUGCAACGUGGAAUGAAAUCUAACAUAUUUGACAACAUGAUUGCUAUUAUGGAGAAGUACGCCACUAACUUGGAGACCAUUGUUGAAGAGCGCACCGGACAACUGGUGGAGGAGAAAAAGAAAACAGAAGAAUUGCUUCAUCAGAUGCUUCCAAAAUCUGUUGCCGAGCAACUUAAACUUGGCAAGCAGGUGGAGGCUGAAGCCUUUGACAUGGUGACCAUAUACUUUAGCGACAUAUGUGACUUCACAGCUUUGUCCUCUCAGAGUACACCUAUGCAGGUUGUUAACCUGUUGAACGACCUUUACACCUUGUUUGACGGUAUCAUCGGCCACUAUGACGUGUACAAAGUGGAAACGAUAGGGGACGCCUACAUGGUGGUCAGCGGCCUUCCAAAGACAAACGGUAUAAACCACGCUGGGGAGAUCGCAUCUCUGUCGCUAGCGCUGCUGGACGCUAUUUUGAAGUUUCAGAUACGGCACCGCCCAGAUCAUACGCUCAUGCUAAGGAUAGGCAUACAUUCAGGUCCUUGUGUGGCAGGUGUGGUAGGGCAGAAGAUGCCGCGAUACUGUCUUUUUGGUGACACCGUCAACACGGCAUCUAGAAUGGAGUCCAAUGGGAUGCCUCUUCGUAUUCACUGUUCCGCCAGUACAAAGGAACUCUUGGAUCAACUUGGAGGAUAUUCCAUUCAGGAGAGAGGGCAGAUUGAUAUAAAGGGCAAAGGAAAGAUGCACACCUACUGGGUAGUUGACGAAGACAAAGGGAGGCGAGAGUCCAGAAUCUCGUCCUGUUCUGACGAGAGCUCACGCCAGAAAGGCAAAAUAUCCUCGGAUUCCUACGAAUCUCGUGACAGUAUAUUCACAAAUUCAACGGACACCACCCUGCUUUUACCAAUGCACGCUCGGGGCAGCUCCACGCCUGUCAGUAUGAUUUCUAAACCGAACGGAAAAUUAAAGCCGAAGAAAGUCGCCAUGGGAGGUACUUUGCCAGACGCUGCAACCAAGAGAAAAGUCUCUCUGCCUCCCAUUAAGGGUGUCCUUGCAGCUACACAUGUCUCACCACUGCAAAAAUUGAAGCCAAACAUCAAGCUGAAGCGCCCCACGCUUCACCAUAGAUCCCGUUCUGAUGAUAUAAUUGGUAUCAAUGAUCGGAAUGGGAUCAAUCGAUCUAAGGAUCCUGAUGAUGUGGAGUACGAGGAACCUAACAAAGCAGCUCGUUUGGAUGCAGAACCGCUGUUGGAGGUCCCUGAUUCGCCUGUGCAUAACCCGCUUUCUAAAAGUAUGGAGACCAUACUCUGAUAGGCUCACUUUAUCAUACUUUUUUUCCCCCUUGGCGGGUCGACUUUAUUUCCAUCGGGAUUUUCAGUCAGUGACAUAUAAGCAUGGAGAGGACCCCGUCCCCACCCUAAAACCUCCCAGCUGGAUUACUUUGUUGGGGGGUGGGGCGUUGGGGAAGGUUAAAUGUGCAAAGGUCUACUAUAUUCUUAAGCCACCAUUGUUUAAAAAAACACAUGCGUAUGGAAAGGUGGAAAUAUGUUAUAAUAUGCGGCUGUAUUUACACUGUGCUGUUCUGUUCAUCAUGGCAAUCAUAAAAACCUUUAUUUAGAGAACUCGACGAAUAUUAACUGUCGUUUAUGUACAUGUAUCAAUCUUAUGGCUAUCGUCUCUCCUGCAUCAGUUUUGUCACGCAAACUGCCUCAGUCCAUCUUGUUAAAAUUGACAGAUGAAAUGGUCUCUGCGGAGCCUAUUUUUCUGUCGUGAUCCUGUGCAAGAUCCUUCAAACUGACCUCGGGCAUUUGAACAAAGAGCAACGUUGCGGGUACUGAUACAGUGUACAUACAUCGAAACCGUAUAAAUUCACUACCUAAGACUUUGUGAAUUUCUGUUGAAAAUGAGUGAGGGGAAAGUAGUAAGGCAUAUAUUAACUUGACAUCUUGCAUGGAUAAAUUUGUAAUGUAUAACGAGAGUGUAUGAUAGUGAUUCAUUCGAUGUCGUUGUGUAUUAUUUUGAAGUAAUUCGAAAAAGCCUUUUUUCAUAAGAUCUAUUCUAUUGCCAACAACGUUUAUUGCUUCAUAGACAUUCACUGUCAUUUGCAGACAUUAUUUAACCAUGUUAUCUAUUGCUGUACCAAUAAGUUUGCGCAAUCGACUGUCUGGCAUGCUGUAGAAGGGAAGGACAACGCCAAUACAACACACAACUUGAAAUAAGGCGUGAUCACGAAUGGAACUUAGAACUCUGACCACAUAAUCACGGAUUGAAAAUCACGGUGUCAUUUGUCUCUCGCUUUGUCCAUCUGUUAAAAAUAUACAAAGCUUCUGCUAUCUGAAACUACAUGUUGCGCCCGAUGCUCUCAUCGUUUACUAAUAUCAGCCCAUGCUAAACGGAGGUCUUCAUUACCAUACCAGUUAGUGUAAAGUGUUCACAUUUGAUUAAGAUCAUGCUACAGCGAUUUGGGCCACCGCUCCUCGUUAGAUAUGAUAACGAGCUGAUAAGUGGUUCAAAGGAUCAAUCUCAAUAAAAGCUGUACGAAGUGAUACAGAUAAAGACUCCCAGUCGUAUUCAUGGUAUUGAUUUGUGGAAAUAACACAGUAUUUUACCUGUAAUGUUAUAUUCCAGAGGACCCCACCCACCACACGAAAAAUGAAAUAGUUCAUCCCGUCACAACUUCCCAAAUAAAUGAAGAAAAUAACCACUCAGCACCCCACAGAAUCAUACCACACGUUUCAAUUAUCCACAUUACUGAUACCCUAGAUCCGCCCUUGUGUUGCAUGUAUAACUGUUAAGGCUCAAUAUUAAAAGGGAUGUGCUAAACGAUUUAAUUGCGAAGAUAAUGACCUCGCUAUUAAUCUGUGAGCGAGAGUUGAUCAGUUAAUUGAGGAUGAGUUAACACCUCCUUCAUGUACUAUUGACGCCCUUUCAAAAGUAGUCAAAAGGUAGAUAGAACAGGGUGAGUAAUCGUUUGGCAUUGAUGUACACAGGGGUUUGCAAAUACGUCUAUGUUUUAAUAUAUACACGUGAAUAAGCGUUGCAUGUUUUGUAUAGUAUAGGACAUCUAUUAAUUAUAUUAAAUUUAUUGCUGUAAUAUAUGCUAAUAAGAGUAAAAUAAACAAGUCAACAAACAUAUAUCAA